GUCCAGACUUUUUGAAUUUUAUUGUCUGCCAGCAAUUUCAAGCCCAUGUAUGAUGUAACUGAAUUGACAAAUCACAACAUCUUGACUUGUCAAGGGACUACCAUGUCCUGUGACUACCAUGUCCUGGACAUCGCUGUGCAGCUUGGAGGACCAUGGUGUUGGGUCUGACCUCAGAGGAAUCUAGGUCUUGGUAUAAUGGAUGACGUUGUUGUUAGGUUUGUUUGAACUACGUGCUCCGAAGAUGCCAUUCACCGCCGGUUCUAUAUCACCAUGGGUUGUAAGUCACUCUUUCCGCACAUAUGCAUUUGUGCUGGUAGCAUCAAUGUAUGGUAAGUGGGAUGCGGGUAACAGGCAACAGGUAACAGGGGACCGGGGUUCGACAGAGAUAUACUAUACAUUCUACACAAGAUCGGUUUCAAUGCGGACGCCUAAGCAAAUGAUAAUGUACUAAAUCCAGGGCGGUCUCGUGGUGAAAUUACCAGAUAGGUGUACUGACGACUCGCUAGCCUUUUCAGUACCGUGUAUCGGAGUAGAUGAGAUUCAGCCGACUGUGAUUUGUUUCCAGACCCUGUAGUAGACGAUAGAAAAGGUUAAUUCUUAGGUCUUAUCAUUCCAAAGUGAAUGGACAAGAGGGUAAGACAAUUCCUGACCUCAAUCAUCGGUCUGAGCGUGGAUUAUGUAGUUCCAACUAGAUAAAUCCACGACCCGAUUCUGCCAUAGUACUCUACGAUACGGGGAACUGGUCAUGGCAAUCUGAUCGAUAGGCUUGGGGGCCUUCAUAUAUGUAGUUCAAUGUAGCUUAAUAUUUAGGUGACAGUACGUUUUGUUAUUCUACUGUGGC